AUGAGCUACGAUUCCGAUGUUGCAACGUUCAGCCCCACAGGAAAGCUAAAUCAGAUUACCUACGCAAUGGAGGCGCCAAGCUUUGGGUCGCCCUCCGUGGGUCUUGCCUCGAAGGACGCUGUUGUGCUGGUGGCUGUCCGACGUCAGACAACGCCUCUCAGCUCCUUCCAGGAUAAGCUUUUCGAAGUUGACAAGCACAUAGGCAUCUGCAUCAGUGGGAUAUACGCUGAUGCCUACAAGAUGCUUCGUUUACUGCGCGAUGAGUGCACCGAAUACACCUAUGUAUACGAUACACCUCACCCCGUUGGCCCCCUGGUCGCUAAACUUGCCGAGGAUGCACAGGCGCGCACGCAGUUCUGGGGCUACAGGCCUUACGGCGCAUCUCUCCUUAUUGGAGGAAUCGAUACUCGCAACAAUAAGCAAACACCUCGUCUCUACGUGCUUUCUCCCAAUGCUGUAUUCAAGGAGUAUAGGGCAGUAUCACUCGGAAUGGGCUCCCAGACAAUCAAUACUCAUCUGAAAAGCCAUGUAGAUGAGUAUGAGAACGCAUCCGUUGAGCGUCUUAUAGCAUUGGCUCUUGAUUCUCUUGGAACGGGCGUCAAAGAUUGCAGGCCUUCAGAAAAGAAUCUCAGCAUUGGCGUGCUGGACAGAACCACGGGCGGCGUCCUGCGCAUAUUGACGAAGGAGGAGAUUCUGCCGCAUAUACAGAGAUUCGAAUUAGACAAUCCUCUGCAAGAUAUUGACCAAGAUUCUGAUAACUUGGACUGA